AUGUUUUCUGGCUCCUUCAUCUACGGUUGUCUUUUGAUUGGUAAAGCCUGGGGACUCCCAAUCGGUGGCGCCGUCGAUUCAAGUUACGACGCGUGGGCCACCGCCCUUUCUGAUGUUGGGCCUCUGAUUCUCCUCAUCGGCGAACGAAGUACCAAACAAUUGUUGCGAGAUGUUAGGGGCAUCAGUGGAGCCUUCAGCCUUGCGGCCGCUCCCCUGGGACUCGUUUCCAUCGUCACCAGUCUCUUCCGAAUGUCGGGCUCUCAUCGAAUUCGCUCCUUCCUGGGAUACGAGCAGGAAUCUCGGAGUGUUGCCGCCUUGGAAAUGUCUCGUGUUAAUUGUAACGGCGUGCAUCCAGAACUGGUCGACGGCUACCUGGUGCGAACAACUACUGCCACAUCAGCUUUUCACGCUCGAGCGGUGGGGGUAUCAGUGUUGCGAUCCACUGUCUCAGAAGACACCGUCAGAGACGUCACAGACCAACUCCACUCCUGCCAUGCUUACGAAGUUGCAAAGAUUCGGCUGCAGGUUCCUGCAACAGACGCUAAGUUGAGAUGGUGCUCGCAAAUCCUAGUUACUGAUCAGGAAAAGGAUGGCAUCAAGGACCAGUUGCUGGAAAUACUGGCGGCCGCACUGCAGGUCAAUCUACUCAACCAAAAGUCAGAGACUCUGAGGGACCACCUCCAACACACACUGAAUUUGCCAGCUGCGAAUAUAUCAGGACAACCAAGCAAAAAUGCAGCAAGUGUUGCGGUUUCCGUCAGCGGAGCAGGAAAGAUCUCCUUCGUCAUCACCUUUGAUGCGGUUUCUGAGUACUGCACGGCCAACGUCACAUCGCGAAAGAUAUCGUUUCUUAUCGGGUUGAGCUCGACGUUGACCAUUCUGGCCUUGUAUAUGAUUGAGUUGGGCUUCAGCCUGGCGUGGCGGCUUUCAACUGGCUGGAUCCUAACGAUUAUAGGAUAUAUCGGAAUCGUCACCUUCGUCACUCUGGCUGCUCAAAAUAUUCACCAUUCUAGCCAUUCGAUUCCGCUUCGACCAAGAAGUGCGCCUCUGUCGCAGACGUGGAAGGAUGGGCUUGUGAUAGCUGCGCAGUCUGACAGCAGGCUGGGAGCAGACUUCCUUUCUGCUGUCAAUGGUGGGAGACAGGCAUUCGAAGCGGUUUGGCUGAAGCCUCUAACCAGCUGGGCAUGCAUCAAGGCUGAUGCGAUUGGGAUUUGCCUGACGUUGAGCUUCUUGUGUCAUUACCUCGGACUUCGUUCGUCUAGCUGGUGGCUCGGUGUGUGCGAGCUUGUUAUUUGUAUCUCUGCCGCUUUCGCUCGUAGUCUUACUAAAAGCAGACCGGUGGAAUUCCGUCCGGGAGCAGGACAAGAUCCUGAAGCAAGAGUGGACUGGAGGUGUUGCAGCACUGGUCUGAUCACCAUUCAAAAUGCGACAGAAGUAGACACUCGAUCCCAACCCGUUCCCAGUGGUCUCGACUUGCGGGUAUAUUCGCCAGACAUGAGUGUAUCAACUCCGGUCACUGCUGAGAGCAUUUCCUGGCAUACAGCGGCGCUGUGCUUAAAGGAUCAGCAUCUAGUGUGGUGGAUCUUGAAGAUGACCGGAAUGAGACUAUGGGUCGGGAGAAGCGGGCAAAGCAGUGCUUCCCGUGCUGUCGUGAUAUAUUUCACGUCGGGCAUCCUGGUACAGGAAGGCCUGGUAUCGACCGACGUGGGCAUGUGCGUUGCAUUCUCCUGCACAACGAACAGCCUCGCCGCUCCCACAGCGUGGCUCGCUCGCGCGAUCAUGAGACAACCGAGAUGGAGAGUUGAUCGCAAAGCCUUCACUUCGAUCAAUCAAACGAUUGGCAAUGUCCACGUCCCUUCGUUGAGCUCGACCAUGACAUGGUGGUCGAUGAGUGAGCUGAGAAACGGACCCGAGGAGAACCAAGAGAACCUGCAGUGGGCAUUUCUCUUUCUCAACACGGCUUACUUCGCUCUCUUGCAAUCGGAGUUUGGAACCAGGGUUCCUGACACGGACCGGUCGAUCAUCAACUCACUGCAUAGACUGCAUGAGGGCACGAACCCAGGCUGUGAGACUGCCGCAGAGGCCCUUUUUGAGAGGAUCAAGAGUGAGCAAGGGGCCAUCAUGUCUGGGGUUGCUGCUGCCAGCCAUCAGCAUCUAAAUCUGUAA